UUAUGAUAAAGAAACCUGAGAGGCAGGAGGUGGCCGGGAUUUCCGCCUGCUGUGCCACUGCUGCAGGACCACAGCCCACAGGUUGAGUAACACCUUUGGUAAACACUUCCUGAAGCCCAGGCAAGAGUGAACCAGGGAGUUUCACUGUGUCUCACUUGAGAGGAGACGGGGCAGAUGAGCCGCACAGGUCUGAGUGUGAAGGGCAUGCAAGGAGCUUCUGGAAGCACCGACAUGGGGCCAGGGCUGCUGCUGACACUCACCAUCGUCCUCUCUGCAACACCAGUAAAUGCUAUAAAAGAACUUCCUGUGAUAAAGAAGUAUGAAGUGGUUUAUCCAGUAAGACUUCAUCCAGUCCAUAAAAGGGAGCUCAAAGAUCCAGAGCAACAGGGGAAAUUUGAAACUGAAUUAAGGUAUAAAAUGACAGUCAAUGGAAAAGUCGCAGUGCUCUAUUUGAAGAAAAACAAUUUGAACAGAAGGACAUGCUGCCAUCUGUAACAAUAUGCAUGAACCCAGAGGACAUUAUGGAAAGUGAAAUUAACCAGGCACAGAAAGACACAGACUGCCUAAUAUUCUGUGGACUCCAGAAGAAGGGAACACAUGAACCUCCUUGCCCCAGGCUACACAGAGACAUACUAUAAUUCCAGUGGAAAAGCAGUCAACACGAGUCCACAAAUCAUGGAUGACUGUUACUAUCAUGGACACAUCCUUAAUGAAAAAUUUUCGGAUGCCAGCAUCAGCACGUGCAGGGGUCUGAGGGGUUACUUCAGCCAAGGAGAUGAAAGGUACUUCAUUGAACCCUUAAGUCCCACAAACCAUGAUGAACAGGCGCACGCGCUCUCCAAGUAUGAUGCUGAUGAAAACAAGACUCACAGCUCCUGUGGAGUGAAUGAUGUGUUGCAGGCACCUGGAUCACACCAAAAUGGGGACCUACCUGCUGUCAGGCUGGUUAAAUUGGAUAGCAAGAAAGGUCAAGAGCGUAAGAAAUAUAUAGAAUAUUAUGUGGUCCUGGAUAAUGGUGAGUUUAAAAAGUACAAAGGAAACCAAGAGGAAAUAAGAAAAAGGGUAUUUGAGAUGGCCAAUUACGUCAACAUGCUUUAUAAAAAGCUUGAUACUCAUGUGGCCUUGGUUGGUGUGGAAAUCUGGAGUGACGAAGAUAAGAUAAAAAUAUCUCCAAAUGCAAGUUUCACUUUGGAAAAUUUUUCUACAUGGAGAGCUAACGUCCUCUUAGGAAGAAAACAUCAUGAUAUUGCUCAGUUAAUCACGGCAAAAGAACUUUCAGGAACAACUGUGGGCCUUGCUUUCAUGUCCACCAUGUGCUCUCCAUAUCAUUCUGUUGGGAUUGUUCAGGAUCACAGUGACAACCUUCUCAGAGUGGCAGGGACAAUGGCCCAUGAAAUGGGCCACAACUUUGGAAUGUAUCAUGAUACCUACGUGUGCAAGUGCCCUUCUACAAUAUGUGUGAUGGACAAAUCACUAAGCUUCUAUAUCCCCACAGACUUCAGUUCCUGUAGCCGUGUCAGCUAUGACAAGUUCUUUGAAGACAAGUUAUCAGAUUGCAUCUUUAAUGUUCCAUCCCCGAAAGAUAUUAUAUCCACACCAAUCUGUGGCAACCAAUUGGUGGAAUUAGGAGAGGACUGUGACUGUGGGACCCCUGAGGAAUGUACCAACAUUUGCUGUGAAGCUAAAACAUGUAAAAUCAAAGCAGGUUUUCAAUGUGCUUUCGGAGAAUGCUGUGAAAAAUGCCAACUUAAAAAGGCUGGGGUAGUUUGCAGACCAGCGAAAGAUGAGUGUGACCUGCCUGAAAUGUGUGAUGGUCAAUCCACUGAUUGCCCCAAAGACAGAUUCCAAGUCAAUGGCUCUCCUUGCCAGAAUGGGCAGGGUUACUGUCUGAUGGGAACUUGUCCCACACUGCGGAAGCAGUGCACAGACCUGUGGGGAGCAGGAACCAAAGUUUCAGAUAAGUCAUGUUACAGCCGGAAUGAAGGUGGGUCAAAGUACGGAUACUGUCGCAAAGUGGACGACACACUCAUUCCCUGCAAAGCAAAUGAUGCCAUGUGUGGAAAGCUGUUCUGUCAAGGGGGCUCUGAUAAUCUGCCCUGGAAAGGACGGAUAGUCACUUUCCUGACAUGUAAAACAUUUGACCCUGAGGACCCAAGCCAAGACAUAGGGAUGGUGGCCAAUGGAACUAAGUGUGGGACUAACAAGGUCUGCAUUAAUGCGGAAUGCAUGGAUGUUGAGAGAGCCUACAAAUCUACCAAUUGCUCCGCCAAGUGCAAAGGACAUGCUGUGUGUGACCACGAGCUCCAGUGUCAGUGUAUGGAAGGAUGGGCGCCUCCCGACUGCGAUGACUCCUCCAUGGUCUCCCACUUCUCCAUCAUCAUUGGAGUGCUGUUCCCAUUGGCAGUCAUAUUCGUGGUGGUUGCUAUUGUAAUCCGACACCAAAGUGCCCGAGGAAAACGGAAGAAGGUGCAGAAGCCACCAUCUACCACUGGCAAUAAGCCGCCCAAGCAGAAGAGGAAACCACAAAUGGCAAAGGCUGUUCGACCUCAAGAGAUGAGUCAGAUGAAGCUCCAUGUGUCUGAUCAAGCUGCAGACUGCAAUGAGCCUCCAGUUUCUUUUCUAAUUACAAAGCCAGAUUUUCCACCACCACCAAUUCCUACAUCUGUGUCAUCUUCUUUCCUUGCAAAUAUCAGCUGGCCUCUGGAUAAACAAAAAUCUACAUGUAAGGAUUCGAAUCUGAAAGUGUGAGCAACAAGUGAACCAGGCUGGAAGGGUAAAUGAUCAGACUGGAUAAUGGACAACCUGCACGGAAGAGAAAUACUUGCUUACUGUGACCAUUAAAAA